GAGAAACAUCCACUGCUGCUGCUGCUGCUGCUGCAUGAGACAAACAAACACCAGAGGACAAGCCAGAGCCACCAUCUGCACAGAUGAAUCGUCUCCUGUGUCUGCUGGCUGCGGGUCUUUACCUGUGCUUGCAAGGCCACGUGAAUGCUGAGGGCCGCUUGAGCCUCAGUUUUAUCCAGGACGCUGUGAGGACAGCAAGGGCCACCGUGGACGAGGCCUAUGAAUACUCCAGAAAAGAGAGCGUUGGCCGCGUGAAGAGGAAUGCAGCCAAACCCUCGGACGUGCUGCGGCUGUUGAAACAGCCCGCUGGUCUGACCCGCAGUGCCGUCCGUGCCGCAGACUACAUGCACGUCACUCUGUCAUUCAUCCACGGAUCUUUGGCACGGCGGUCAAAACGCUCCAUCAACGCCACAGAUCUGAUCACAGAAGACGACCUGGAGGUCAUCGCCGGUCUGACCGGUUGCUCGCCCCGACACCGUGUCCCUUCCUGCAUGACCACUCCCGAUUUAGACAAGUAUCGCACAGCCAGCAGCGUCUGCAACAACAGAAAAGACACUCGGAGGGGAGCUGCCAACACACCGUUCACCCGUUGGCUCCCUGCUGAGUAUCAAGAUAAAAUCACCCAGCCCAAAGGUUGGAGCAAGGGGCGUAAAAUCAACAGGAACAGACUUCCAUUGGUGAGGGAAGUGUCGAACCAGAUCCUGCGCUCCGCCAACGAAGAUGUGGAGAGCGACCCGCUCUACACUCACCUGGUGACCAUCUUCGGCCAGUGGACUGACCACGACUUGACCUUCACUCCUCACUCUCCCGUCAUCCGUUCGUUCAGCAACGGGAUUGACUGUGAGAAGACGUGCGAACGCUCAGAGCCCUGCUUCCCCAUCCAGAUUCCCAAGUCAGACAGCAAGUCAGAAAAAUGCAUGCCCUUCUUCCGCUCAGCAGCAGGUUGUGGUUCCGCCAACACAGGUCACCUCUUUGGCGGGAGGACUGUCCGUCAGCAGAUGAACUCUCUCACUGCUUUCAUCGACGUGGGCCAAGUGUAUGGGUCGGACGAGACCAAAGCUCGCUUCCUCCGUAACCUCACCGCGGACGACGGCCUCCUAAAGGUCAACACAGAGCACAGUGACAACGGCCGCGAGCUCCUGCCCUUCGCCAACAUGAGCGCCAACAUGUGUGCCACGCGAGCACACAUGACUGGCAACAGCAGCGUCGAGGAGGUGCCUUGCUUUCUGGCUGGCGAUGAACGCUCCAACGAAAACAUCGCUCUGACCACUCUACACACACUGAUGCUGCGUGAGCACAACCGUCUGGCACGUGCCCUGUCCGCUCUCAACCCUCACUGGAAUGGAGAGACCAUCUACCAGGAGGCCCGAAAGAUCAUGGGCGCAUUCUUCCAGGUUAUUACCUUCAGAGACUACCUGUUCCACAUCGUUGGUCCUGACUUCAUUGCAAGGCAGCUGUCCACCUAUCCUGGUUAUGAUGAGAACGUGGACCCCAGCAUUGCCAAUGUGUUUGCCACCGCUGCGUACCGCUUUGCUCACCUGAUGGUCCAACCCUUCAUGUUCCGUCUCAACGAGAAUUACGAGGAGCACAGAGAUUUCCCAAGUCCGCUGCUGCACAGGGCCUUUUUUGCACCAUGGAGGAUCAUCUUUGAAGGUGGUCUGGAUCCAAUCCUGAGGGGGCUGGUGGGUCGCAGGGCCAAACUGAACACACAGGAGCACAUGAUGCCUGAUGAGCUGCGGGACAAACUGUUUAAAUUCUCCUCUGAGUUGGCUUUGGAUUUGGGGGCUCUCAACAUGCAGAGAGGCAGAGAUCAUGGACUCGCUGGCUACAACAAGUGGCGGGGGUUCUGUGGACUCUCGAAGCCAAAGAAUCGAGCUGAGCUGGCCGAGGUUAUGAACAACACCGUUCUGGCCGAUAAACUUAUGGAUCUGUAUGGCACGGUUGAAAACAUUGACGUAUGGCUGGGAGGAGUGGCUGAGCCGUUUGUCAAUGGAGGAAGAGUGGGACCCCUGUUUGCCUGCCUGAUUGCCACUCAGUUCCAGAGGAUUCGUCAGGGAGACCGAAUGUGGUGGGAGAACGAUGGAGUAUUCACUGAUGCUCAGAGGAGAUCCCUGAGGGACACGUCCCUUGCCCGUAUCAUCUGCGACAACACUGGCAUCACUGAUGUGCCUACGAGACCAUUCCAGUACCGGCCUCGUGGGACUGGUUACAACCAGUGCAAGGACAUCCCUGCCUUUGACCUCAGUCCAUGGAAGGACAACAAAUCCUCAUCAGGAUCAAGAGAAUCAGAAGCCAAAAGAUCACCUGUUGUAGCAGCUCCAAUGCACAAAGAGGUCAAAGUUGCUUUCUCCGUACGACUUGGCAACAACUUCCCUGAAGCCGGUAAACCCAUCCCGUUCCACGAGGAGAUCUACAAUGGACAGAAGAGCUAUAACAUAGAGACCGGCAUUUUUACCUGCAAGGAACCAGGUGUUUAUGAGUUUCAGUUCCACUGCAUGAUCUACCAGAACGCUGGCAACGUGGAUCUCAUGCACAACGGCAAGCUGGUCCUGCACUCGUUCACCACGCGGCAGUCUGGCUACAUCACAGCCAGCGGCAAUGUGUACAUUAAGCUAAAGCAGGGAGACGAGGUCUUCCUGCUCGCCAACUAUGGCGGCAACGGCCUGACCAGCGACAGCUUCUUCUCAGGACAUCUGCUGUUCACCGAGUAAGAGGCCCCUGAGACUGAACCACAGUUCAGUCGACCUUCAACCCAUAUUUUAUGUGUGCUAACUACGGAAGUGUACUAGGGCCACAUGAAAAGUCUGAAUUUAAAAAAAAAAAAUUUGACUUUUGUCACAGAAUUCUGCCUUUUUCUCAGAAAUCUGACUUUAAUCUGAGAAAUCUGGCUAUAUUCUGACUUAAAUCUCGAAUUCAUGUUGUUUUUUGGUUUUUGGCCCUAAUACUCUUUCGUAGAAAAGAAUAGGACUGUAAACAGUGUGGUAUUAUCAGACGAUGGAUUAAAAGCUUUGUGUUGAAUGACACAACGUUCAUGUUGCACUGAUGUCUGCACUGUAAAUGUGCCAAUGUGAAAAAUAAGGUUAAAUCAAGAGUUAGUAUGUACUGUUAUGUGCUGCCCUAAUGAUUUUCUUUUGAAUUUUAAUCAUGUAACUAUCUACUACUAAGACAGCUUGACUGGAAAAUGAAUGUAUCUGAUUUAAAUAAGCUAAAAUUGCAAGCAUUGUGAUUUAUUUGUAGUUUAAAUCAUUUGGAGAACAUUUGUUAGUUUCUUCGAAUGAAAGUGUACGAUUUUUGUUGAUUUUUACAUCAAUAAAGGCUUGCUUUGAAAAAUG